AUGUUUACACCGUUUAUAGAAAACCCCACAUCCUUCGAAGUUAUUGUUGAAUUAGGGUCUGGGGCCUGCGAAUACUCCAGGCAGAAGGACAAAUCCACAGACCAGGGGGGACCCGAACCGAACGUAAAGAGCGGCCUUUCGAGUGCAGACUUUACAUAUUUGUAUUCUACUCCGCUCUGUUUGCCGAAACAUCAUAUUUCGGCUCGUACUUGCGUAAAAGAGAAGCCGGUUGUCGUUUGCGUUUGCGCCGAACCAUGGACCGCGGUUCCUUCGUGCUCCUCCACGCACCAAGUACUAGGUUGCUGUAUAGUGUUGUAUAAGAUGGAGCAAGGAAAUCAUUGGUCCUAUGGAAAGGAUUCUAUGAGAAUUCAUAGUCUGCUUCAAAUUUGCAACGUAUCGUAUAAAAUAUUUCCAUUCCGUUUCAUUGCCGCGGCAUCGUAUCAACGAGCAGUUAAAAACGUGGAUUCUUUUUUAUCCGUACCCACACAACGAAGAGUCGAAAAUCGCGCGGAACAGUACUGUCAAUUACUAUAA